GCCCAAGUAGGAACAAGUUUGUCAUAUUUAAAUCUCAAAGAAAUCGCGUCGCCGUUUCGUCAUGAUCAGCAGCUUGCGUCGCCCGUUCAUCGUACAUCAGCAAUCACGCCUGCUCUCACGGCGAUUGUUCUCCGUGAAAGCUAUCUAUUCUUCGUUCCCUACAACUUUGCACUACUACUCCCCACGCUACAGCUCAAGCCUACUCAACCACCGGGAGAUUGACGACCGACCGGACGGUCUGUAUGAAGAAGGCGUAAUUGUGGGACAACAUGGUUUGGUAUAUCCAGGUGUGACGGGCACAUCAGUUUCAAACGGAGCCGUCAUGUUUCCAAACACGUUCAUGAUGCAGGAGCUCGCGCGAAGACACUUUAACGAAAACCUCGAUCGUGAGGACGAGGGCAAGCAAGUUGAGACCCCUUUCAUCUACACUAUUCCUCGAGGCACGCAAAUUCCCAGCGACUUGAUUCUCUUCAAUGAUUACAUAUCGCAGUUCUCCCUCCAACCUUCACGGGGUAUGCCGCUUGCAGAUUUAAAUCACUUAUUGGACGAGUUCUACAACAGGCACGCGCAAAAGGAAUCUGCUGAGACGUGGUUCGAUGCACACCCCUAUCAAAACGCAAUGGCAGAUGACGCAGACGAUGUUUGGAUGACCAAAUAACAUAUGGGGGGCGCGUCGACAUACUUGGAACGUUAUAUUGUACCUGAUCGUGUUGAGUAGCCCUGUGGUGGACGUGAAGACAUCUCGGCUCCUUUCCCACCAUAUGAGAUCACCUAGAGAUUUCACCGCUUGAAUGAAUCAUAUUUCUUCUUUGAAAACU